AGUUGCGAUAUCUGCGGCCAUGGCGGAAUAUCAAAGAAGUACGGACGCCAAUUUUACCCCAGACCCAGGGGGGACCGGAACAACAACAACCCAAGAUGCCCCAGGUGACCCCAGCCUGGAGGCCAUGAUCAGCAGACAGCUGAGUGAACAGGGCCGGUUCGCCUUCGCUGCUCUGUGUGGAGUCUCUCUGGGCCAGCUGUUCACUGGACCUGAAAGCAGCGUGUUCAGGGAGAAGUAUCUGCAGGGCUUGGUCUGCUGGUUGAACCUGGAUGAGUCGGUGAUGCCGGUGAUGGGGGCUUUCCUGUCCGGCCUGGGCUUUGAAGGCUCCGACACCUUCCUCUCCAUCUUACAGGCCGAGCCACUGCUGGCUGCGGGGGCCACCCCCAUCAUACAGAAUCUGGUGACGUUUUCUGUCAAGGACGGCCAAUAUGAUGCCAGGUCGAGGGUUCUCGUCCGCCAUGUCAGCUGUCUGCUGCGAGUUCUCCCACAGCAGCUGGAGGAGUUCGAGGAAACACUGGGAGAGAGGCUGAGGGAGGGAGGAGAGGAGAGCGAAGAGGAGUCCUCUCGGCGGCUGAGGAGAGAAAGAGGGAGAAAGCUGCGACGCUACCUCCUCAUUGGACUAGCCACCGUGGGCGGGGGAACCGUGAUUGGUGUGACAGGUGGGCUGGCCGCCCCCUUGGUGGCAGCAGGGGCCGGUGCUUUGCUAGGGGCCGGAGGGGCUGCUGCUCUGGGCUCAGCCACCGGCAUUGCAAUCAUGGCCUCCCUGUUUGGGGCAGCAGGAGCUGGCCUGACUGGCUACAAGAUGAACAAGUGUGUCGGGGCAAUAGAGGAGUUUGAAUUCCUGCCACUGAGCUCCGGGAAGCAUCUUCACCUGACCAUCGCCGUGACAGGUUGGCUCUGCAGCGGCAAAUACAAUUCGUUCCAGGCCCCGUGGGGCAGCCUGGGAGAGUGCGGGGAGCAGUACUGCCUGGUGUGGGAGUCGCGUUUCCUCAGGGAUCUGGGUUCAGCCAUGACUUCUCUGUUGGAUGGGCUGGUCAGCAUGGUGGCCCAGGAGGCGCUGAAGUACACGGUGCUCUCAGGCAUCGUGGCGGCCCUGACGUGGCCCGCGUCCUUGCUGGCGGCGGCCAGCGUCAUCGACAACCCCUGGAGCGUUUGUCUGAACCGCUCGGCGGAAGUGGGGAAACAACUGGCGCAGGUUUUGAGAAGCAGACAGCAGGGGAAGCGGCCUGUCAGCCUCAUAGGAUUCAGUCUCGGGGCCAGAGUCAUCUACUACUGUCUACAGGAGCUCGCCAAUGACGGUGGUAGUGAAGGAGUAGUAGAGGAUGUCGUCCUCUUGGGGGCCCCUGUGGACGGCUCUGAGAAGGCCUGGGAGAGAAUGACCAGUGUAGUGGCUGGAAAAAUAGUGAACGGCUACUGCAGAGGGGACUGGCUCCUGGGGUUCUUGUACCGAAGUUCAUCUGCACAACUAUCCGUCGCUGGGCUACAGCCUAUCAACAUCAAGGAUCGGCGUCUAAUCAAUGUGGAUCUCUCCUCCGUGGUGAAAGGUCACUUGGACUACAUGCGUCAGAUGGACACCAUCUUGGUGGCAGUGGGAGUUCCCACCAAGGAAGUCCCAGGUGCCUCCUUUGUUCUUCCUCAGCCUGUAACGAUCACAAAAGGGACAGUGGGUAUCGCUGACAAAACUCCUAAUGAGCAACAAGUGACUGAGACACAACGGCGAGCUGAGGAGGCUGGGACUCGCUCGGGGGAGAGUGGAGAUGACAGAGAGGCGGCGAAGACAGAGGAGACGGGUGACGGCUGGGACAUCCCUGAUAUUUCAGACCUGCUGGACUUAAAUGAUGCUGAAUCAGACAGGAACAAUUUACCGAGUACUUCUGAGGAGAAUGGAUGUGGCGACGUCAAAGGCAGACGCCUAGAGGAGGCUAAGGCUGAUAAUGAACAUGCAUCAUGGAGCUGGGAUGAUGCACAAUGGACGACAGAGCACACACACAAACAAUGGCAGUCAGACUUGUAAAGAGCAUGUCGAUGGGACCGGCUGCUUCCUUGUAAAAAAAAAAAAAAAAAAAAAAAAGAAGCUUGUCUUGUCUCAAGAUAUUUUUUUUUCCUUUGUUGGAGACAAUAUCCAUUCCGUUCCCACCACACUGACAUAGCAGAGACGGCUAAAGAGCUAUUGCACACACAUAUGGCAGCUUUGAGUGUAAAUCCCCUGAAUCAACAAAAUGUUUUCAGACUAAUGUGAUAAUUUAAUAGAAAUUUGAAAAGUGAAGUAUGUUAUUUUUUUACAAACUGAAUAGCGUCAUUUUUUUCUUUCAGUCACCGUGAGAUCAAAUAUCUGUACAUAUUACUUGUGUUUCGCAGGUGUUAGAGGAUGCUGGAAAACAGGGGAUAUCUCUGGUCCUCUUGUCCUUCUCACUUUCAUCCGUUGGCCUGGUUGCUAUGGAUAUUAUCACAGCAAUUUAAUCUCCAUACGGCGGGGGGGAUAAUUCAGUAAAUGUGUCUUCUUCAAGGCCUUUCUCUGUUCCACCCAUGCCAAUGUGAAGCGCUGCUUAGUAGUUCAAGGUUUUUUCUUUUUGGUGUUUUGAUAAUGCACCUUUAUCCAUAUUUAAUGAUUGGAGAGAAACACACAAUUCAAGAUAGAACAAGGAUGGAGCUUCCUGAAUUUAUGUCCAUAGACAUUUGUCUGUGACAACACAUUGUCUUCAAUCACUUCCCCACCA